AUGGUGCCGGCGCUGGCGCUGUGGGCCUGCCUGGCGCUGGGCAUAGCUGGUGGGGAGAGCCCGGCACCAGAGCCCCUGGCAGACGGCCAGCCCUUUGCCGUGGUGUGGAACGUCCCCGCCGGCCGCUGCCAGCGCCACUUUGGCGUGGGGCUGCCCCUCAGUGACUACGGCAUCGUGGAGAACCAGGAUGGCCGCUUCGCCGGCCAGAACAUCACCAUCUUCUACAAGAACAAGUUUGGGCUGUACCCCUACCUGUCGCGGCAGGGCGUCCCCCACAAUGGGGGCAUCCCUCAGCGGGUCCCCCUCGAUGCCCACCUUGCCAGGGUGGCCAGAGACAUCCGCCUCCUCCUGCGCCCCGCUUUCCACGGUCUGGCCGUGGUGGACUGGGAGGAGUGGAGUCCCCUCUGGGCCCAAAACUGGGGGGCCAAGCGGAUCUACCGGGCGGCCUCAGAGCAGUGGGUGUGGGACCGACACAGCUUCCUGCCGGUGUGGCGGCGGCUCCGGCUGGCCCGGCGGGAGUUUGAGCAGGCGGCACAGGCUCUGAUGGAGGAAACGCUUCUGCUGGGCCGAUCCCUGCGCCCGGGGGGACUCUGGGGUUUCUACCGCUUCCCCGACUGCCUCAACGGCAACUGGGCCAAGGAGGCCAACUACACCGGGCAGUGCCGGCUGGCAGAGGUGCAGCGCAACAACCGGCUGAGCUGGCUCUGGGCCGCCUCGGCUGCGCUCUACCCCAGCAUCUACCUGCCACCGGCACUGGCGCCCGCCCUGCCCCCCACCGCGCGCGAGGCCCUGCGCGUGGCCGCCUUCGGGGCCGACAGCCUCCUGCCCGUGGUCGCCUAUGCCCGCCUUUCCUUCCGCCGCUCGCGCCGAUUCCUGGACCUGGCUGACCUGGUGCACACCAUCGGGGAGAGCGCAGCGCUGGGUGCAGCUGGACUCGUGCUCUGGGGAGACAUGUCGUACUCCCGCUCGGCUGAGAGCUGUGCCAGCCUGCGUCACUACCUCGUGUCCACCCUGGGUCCCUAUGUGGCCAAUGUGACUGCGGCAGCCCGGGAGUGCAGCUACGGGCAGUGCCACGGGCACGGGCGCUGUGUGCGCCGGCAGCCCCAUGACCUGGGCAGCCUCCUGCACCUUGGCCCCAGUGCCAGCCCGCCGGCCUCUUUCCGCUGCCACUGCUACCGCGGCUGGGCCGGCAAGGGCUGUGCUCGGCGGGUCCAUCCCGGCCCUGCUGCCUCCUGCCUGGCACCCACCCAUGCUCACAGCCUCUACAGGCACGAGGACCUCCCGCCCCCUGACACCUGCUUGCCGCGGGGCACAUGGGGCUGGUGA